AUGUAUUCGUGCACUUUUUGCGCUGGUUUUCUGGGACAUUCUUUUAAAAAGCUUCUUCGCCACAUAAAGUUUAUUCAUAGUCACGAGCCAAACUUUUCAAUAACGUGCGGUGAUUGUGGUCAAUCAUUUCGUAAAUUUAAUUCCUUCAAGACUCAUAUUCGAAGAGAGCAGGCGAAGAAAAAACUUGAGCAACGUUUUAUCGUGGAGGAAGCAAGCGACACCGAAGUUGACGAACAUCAGGGUUACGAAAGCGAUGGUGAGCAAGGCCCUGAAGAAGAACAAAACGCUGAUACUCACGUUGGUGAUAUCACGAAGUUUUUGGCUUUGUUUAUUUUGAAAACUAAAGAAGAAAACCAACUUAGCCAGCAGUCCAUAGAUUCUAUACUUGCAAACACGGAGGAUGUGGUUGAAACCAGUUUGCAGUAUCUAAAAGAUAAAAUAAGCAGUUGUUUGGCAGACAGUAAUAUACAAAUUGAGGAUGUAAAUGGGUUGGCUGAUGUUUUCAGGGAGCCAUGCGUUUUUUCGCGAGCUAAGGAACCUCUGGCAAAUGAAUACCUGCAGGUCAAGUACUUUCUGGAAAACUUUGAUUUAGUGGUAAGAACAAGAUCGCAUGUUAGCUUUAUACUUCGUGUUUUUCUUAUGUCACCAUGUAUGCCAUAAUGAUAUUUGCAAUCUCCACAUUUAGAUUUUGCAGUUUCUAUUUUGGUGCAAAUCGUAGGGAAGAUAAGACAUUUUUGACUCACGUGCAACCCCGUGUAUUUUGGUCACCUUUAGGCAUCAUGGACCAAUUCUAUUUUAUACAUUCUUUAUGUUGGGAACUAAUAUUGUAGCCUUUCUUUAAAUUAUGAAAGGAGCCGCAGGAGAUAGUCUUGAGUCAGCGUGCAGAGUACCGUACUGUAAGAGGACGUCAAAAAUUAAGGAUUGUCAAGGAAGCAUUUCAGUACAUCCCAAUACUGAAGACUCUACAAGCUUUCCUUAACCAUCCAGAUGUACUUGCAGAGGUAAUUGGUUUAAUGCUUUAAGACGUUAAGAGUUUUCUUUUCGAGGCACGAAAAAAAUGCUUGUACUGAAUGUUAUUAAGUUGUAGUAAUUAAAAUGAUACUAUUCAGGUAGUACAUGUAUGUACAGAAUUACUCUUUGGGAACAGCUCACAUCCUCAGAAAGGUUCUGUCAAUCAAGUGAACUCGUUAGUACCAAAGGACCAUGGUUUGGCCCCGGUGCUUCAGAGACUAAAUAAGCGAGUCAAGUAUUACAAAUUGGAUAAUAAUAACAACAAUUAAUUAGUUAAUUAUUAUUCCUAAAUGGGGAUAACUAAUUUAUUUAGUGGAUUGUGCUAUCCAAUUUUUUGGCACAAGUUGUUGUGCUGCUCAAUAAAAAUAUGUAUAUGAUUGUAUUUUAAACAGCAGUGUUUUUUUGGUAAUGUUGUUUAAGGUAAGAAAUCCCCACAAUAGCAUUGAUGGACUUUUGAGAGACUUUUGUGAUGGUGAAGAUUUCAAGAGACAUCCUCUUUUUGGACAAGACCCACAGGCACUUAUUCUGCACUGCUACUAUGACGACUUCCAAGUUACCAAUCCUCUUGGAUCAAAGACUAGAAAGCACAAAAUAGGUACUUACACAAUACGUAAAAGAAAAUCAAUAAAGCUCCAGAUAGAAGCUGACUAAUAUUAUUUCUUGACUUUUGUGUCACUGACAAAAGAGACACUAUAAAAGAGUUAAUUGUGCAGUACUUUUUAAACUAAUUUCUUGUAUUUUGAAAGCACAACUUGUAGGUCUUGUACUUUAAUCAACACAUUCUUGUGUCAUUUUUUCAUCUUAUUAUGUAAAUAAUUUUAGUAUUACCAUUAGAUCUGUUUUUAGAAAGUAUUUUUGUUUUCUGAACUGUGCUUCACAAAGCUGGGUCUUAGAACAGAACAUUUCCUUGACAUUUUGUACGUUUUAACAUUUUUAAUUUCAGCAGUCAUUAGUCCUCAACAACAAUAUAUAUAUUGCUAUGUGUCACUCCAGCAGAGCUCGAGGAAAAUGCUUGCAGAGUCAAAUAUGUGAGAUAGAAAUAAGUGACAUUCUUGCACUAAUAAUACCCACAGGACUUUCUGUUCAACGUGCCAAUAUUGUGUAUAUGAUACAAGUCGACAUUAAAUUCAGGUUAAAAUUUUUUAACCAAGGUUGAUUUGGUCAAUUUGCUUUGUUUCCUAGCCCUAAUUUUUCAUGGAUUAGGGCUAGGAGACAAAGGAAAUUGAGAAUCAACCUAGGCCAAAAAAUUUAACUUGAAAUCAAUUUUGACCUGUAACAUAUAUACUAGUAAUGGUGUUUAUGCCAUUAAUUUUGUUGAUGUCUGUUUUAUAGGGGCGUUCUACUUCAGCCUUGGAAAUCUUUGUCCACAGUAUCGGUCGGUAAUAAACAUGAUACAACUGGUGGCACUUUGUCCAGUUCCUUACAUAAACACAUAUGGAAUGAACAAAAUUCUUCAACCGUUUAUGAGGGAUAUAAGUCUUCUUGAGUCUGUAAGUAAAACAUUAGUAGUCAACAUUAUUAAAACAUUUUGUCCUGUUUACAUGUCAAGUAUUAUCAACAUAAUACAAGUCUAAACUAGACAGUAGAAAACACCUGUCUCAUUACUUUUAUGAUCUGCACUUUUUACUGGUUGUGUCCUCCUAACGAUGGUAGGAAAAUGAUAUUAGACAGCCAAAACAAUGAAUUUUGCCACCACACCACUGCAUUUAGGCAAAUAGAUUGUGUAUAUUUGCAUUAACCUAUAGAUUCGAAGGUCACUUUGUAAUUGCUAGCAAUAAGUAUUGCUAGCACACUGUAGCGAUACAUAAUUAUGUAUGUUAUGGUUCUGUUUUAUCUUCUCUUUAAUUUUUUCUUUUCUUUUCUCUUGCAAUAUGGUAAAGUAUGAUAAGUUUUAAAACAAGAGAUAAAAAAAUUUAAACCAAGGGUAAAAUUGAACCACAACAUAACUUAUUUGCAUAGCUGAUGAUUAUACAGACUUUAUUUUAUGACAAUUACUGUACAUAACAUUUAUCGCCAUUUUCAGUAAUAUUAUUGUUUAGUGUAGUGUUUUCAAUGAUUAUACUCAUGGAGAAUUAACAUAAUUUUUUCAAUUAUUGAAAAAAUUAUUUAAAAAUGUUCUUUGCAGGAAGUUGGUGUAAAGUUCAAAAUAGAUGGGCAAGAUAGUGUAUUUAAAGGAAGCAUUGGGCCUUUAACUUCAGACAACCUUGGGGCACACUGUAUUGGUGGAUUUAUUGAAGGUUUUAACUCUCUGAGAAUUUGCAGAGUUUGUAUGGGUACAAGCAAUGACAUUCAAACUAAGGUAGGUCAGGUGUCAUUAUCUUUGAAAAAUAAUUUAGUUUCUCCUGUUAGCUGUGAAGUAAUAUGCAUUAAUUUAUAACACAUGUUGUGGUUAAAUUUUAGCCUUAAUUCUAUCAAUUCUAUUUUCCUUUUCAUUAUUGUACACUGUAACACCCCAAAACAAAGAAAUAAUAACAUAAAGGAAAACAGUUGUUAAACUGAUUCUAAUAAUUUUAUUAUAUAAUGUUUAUAACUCUUUCCAACAUAAAGUUCACAGAAGAGCAAUAUCAUCUGCGAACAAGAGUAAGCCACAAUCGACACUGUCAAUUAGUUGAAGAUGAUGCGACAUUAUCAACAACUUAUGGAGUUAAAAGAACAUCGCUUCUUAAUCAGUCCCGUUAUUUUCACGUGGUGGAUGGACUUGACCUUGACAUCAUGCAUGACCAGCUGGAAGGAGUACUUCCCCUUGAGAUCAAGCUGUUGCUCCAAGAGUAUAUUUCAGUGGAGAAGUACCUCUCACUUGACAUUCUCAACAGGAGAAUAGCUGAUUUCGGUUAUCCCUUGACAGAUGUAAGCAAUAAGCCAAGUGCUUUAAAGCAGCAGGCCUUGUCUUCUGAUUCUGCCACUUUAAGUCAGUCAGGUACGUUUGAGACAUUUUCUUAUUCUUGCCUGUCAGUUUUUUAUUUUCCCCUCUGACUGACAGAAAAUCCCUUUCCAAUGGGUAGUAACAACUAGCCCCUCAGCAAAAACAUCAAGAAAAAAAUUUUUUGGGAAUCAUAGUCAUCAUCGAUAUUAAUACCUCUCUGUUUGCAUUUUUUAAUAUUGUUAGCUUCACAGAUGUGGUGCCUUUCACGAAUGCUACCUAUUCUUAUUGGUGACCUUGUUCCAGUUGGUGAUGAGCAUUGGGAAAACUUUCUCCGCCUUCUUCAAAUUGAGGAGAUCAUUUUUGCUCCCAAGACAAGCAUUCAGCUGGCAGCAUAUCUUGCGGUUCUAACUGAGGAGUACCUUACUGGAUUCAGUGAACUUUAUGAUAGGCGAAUGAUCCCGAAGCAACACUAUAUGGUUCAUUAUCCAAGGCAGAUUGUAAGGUAAAUAAAAGGAGUGAAACAUUUUUCAAAUAUAGAUAGAGAAAAAACCGUGAUGAUGGAGAAACCCAUGGGAUUUUUCUAAUAUAUGGAUUUUUUGUAUAUGUUACAGGUCAAAUGUGAUUUCAUGUUAACUUUUUUUGGCCUAGGUUGAUUCUCAAUUUUUGCUUUGUCUCCUAGCCCUAAUUCAUGAAAAAUUAGGGCUAGGAAAUCUUGGUUAGGAGUUCUUGUGAUUCAGAUACAUUUCUUACUUACUAAAUAGGAUGUCACUUUCAUUAUUGUGUGGUCUACUGCGACAAUAAAAACUGAGAAUGUAAAUGUCUUAAUUUUUUGGCAGAAGAGGACCACUUGUGAGGAAUUGGGCCAUGCGCUUUGAGGCUAAGCACAAUUACUUUAAGAAGCUGGUUGAGAGAAUUAAUAACUUUAAGAAUAUCAGUUAUUCUUUGGCAAGGCGCCAUCAAGCCCUCCAAGCAUAUUUGCUUCAGUCCUCAACAGGAAGCUUCUUACGAAUGACCAUGGAUGUUGGACCAGGUACUUCAACAGAAUUGUAUUACAGGGCAUAAAUUUCCAUCUAAAUUCUAUGUGGGACCACAAAAUUGGCCAAUUGCACUGUACAUUGUAUACUAACAUCUCCGUCUUAUGUGCUAUCAAUUCCCUAGGAAGAAAAACAACUGUUCUUGAAAGUGGUUAUUUGGAGCAUUUGCAAGAGAUAUAUCCAGAGAUAGCCGAAGAAAGCACACUAACAAAGUAUGAAAGACAGUCAGUAUUUAGUUUUUAAAACUUUCUGUUCUCAUGUAAUAAAAUUUUUGUCCUUAGUAUGAAAAAUAGAUAAAUUACUUUUAUUUUUAUGUAGCAGUAGUCAAUAUUUGGGUGGAGGGGCAGGCAGUAAGUGCCCUAAUUUGGCCUACUGAAAAGUCUUUAAAAUUUAUACAAUAAUUGUUAUUCCACUAUUAAUUUUUAGCGGCUUGAACAGGGUGUAAUUCUGUACCAGAACCCUUAAACAGGGUGUAGUUUGCAGUGCUUGAUCUGUAUAAGUGGUACCUAAAAUUUCUUUAAAACAAUCUAACUCUAUGAUGUCAAGAAUUAAUUCUGUAUGAAAAAUGAAAUGAAUCAACGCUGUGUGAACUGCCUACCUAAGGCCCAAGCAAUUUUCAGUUUAGGAAUCAUUGUUUUUUAAACUGGGACUUAAUGGUUCUGGACUGGGACUAAUGAUUUUUCACAAGAUGAGUCUCAGGACUCGCAUUAACUAUUUGUAACAAAAUUAUUGAUUAUUAUUUCUGUUUUUUUUUAUAUAUUUAUUUUCUGACAGAACCACUUGGGCAAAAGUUUAUGGCACCAAAUAUAGCAGGGGCUAUGCCAUCAUUGUUGACAUUCGGCAUGGAAUUCCAAGUUUUGGAGAAAUAAAGGAAGUCCUCAUUUUAGAUGGAAGUGAAGUCCUGUUGCAAUAUACAGCCUUGAGUGUCCUUGAAUACGUCACUCAUUUAAACGCCUACAAGGUUACACCAGGAAAUAAAGUGUCCUACAUAAAGCAAGCUGAACUUGUUGAUUUCCAUCCCCUUGGGAAGUGUAGAGGUUUUGGUUGCUAUGCCAGUAAUUUCUUUGUGGUCCUAAAAUACAGAAUUGACUGUUUGCAAUAAUGCAUUUCAUUGCAUUGCAUCGUUUUAUAUUGUUUUUAAUUGAAUUGAG